AAUACGCGCACGCGACACGCCAAUUACUCCACAUCCGGUCCAUCGCGCCGUCAUCCACUUAAGAAGUGAACUCUGACACAGUCGGUCGCAGCAAAAUGGCGGGCGUCGUGGUCUCUCCUCACAAGAUCGGCGUCCUGCAGCAAACCAACCAGAACGAAAGGCGCGAAAUCAUCAUCCUGCGGAAGCCGAUCCUGCCCAAGGACGACGCCGGCAGGAAGAAGCAGAAGAAGGACACCAAGACGGCGCCGCAGCCGAUCGCGGUGGCGAGGAGGAACGCGAGGGAGCGGAACAGGGUGAAGCAAGUGAACAACGGCUUCGCGAAUCUGCGACAGCACAUACCGAACUUCAUCGCCGCCGCCUUCGAGUCGAACAGCAGGGGCGGCAACAAGAAGCUGAGUAAAGUGGAGACGCUGCGCAUGGCGGUGGAGUACAUCAGGAGUCUGGAGGACAUCCUGGCGCUGGACGAGACCAGCGAGAGCGGCGGGAACGUCUCCAACUCGUCGGUGUCUUCGUUCUCGUCGCCGUCGCCGUCCACGGUGACGUACCACGACGACGACCUUUCGACCGACCCGACGCCGCCCCCGCACUACACGUACCAGAUCAUCCCCGGCCACCUCUACGACGACAGCGAGAACCUGGAGCCGCUGAAUGUAGACGAUCACAUUUUGUCGGAUCCGAGUUUGAUGGACGCGGGGUUGGAGUUCAAGGGUGUGCAGGACUUGUCGCUGUUGAAUAGUAUGCACGCUAGUGACUCGUUGUCCCCGGGGAUGUACAGUGAGCAGAGUUUGUCACCUGGGGGUAGUGAUCAGAGGGGUUACGGCGCGGUUUUUGGGGGUGACAGUAUUAAGAGUGAGGAUGUUCCGGUGAUUUCGUUGAAGAACGAGAACGAGUUGCCGCAGGAGCACAAGAGUGAUGUUAUGGAUGUUAUGCAGUGGUGGGAACAGCAGCAGUCGCCGCAUACCACGAUUAGCUAGUGGAUUAGAUUCGCUAACCGCCCUCCCGUGCCAGAACGACUCCGAUUGUGAUUUUAGUGAAAUUCGAAAAAGAACUCCGACUGUUAUAUUAUGAACGAAUUUUAACCUUGUUUUUUAGAGAAUUUUUAUGUACGAUAGUUAAUUUAUUUUUAUACCCGUUUAAGACUGUAAAAAGGUUAGGAUAAUAUUGUGAUUCGUAAUAAGGUGCCUUACUUGCCUUAUCGACAAGUCCUCGGCGACAUUUCGAUUUCGAGAAACUCGUCUCGAGAUGAGGCCGCGGUCUUGCCGGCCUUUGUAACUAGAAUUAAGGUUAAGAACUUAGUUUAAUGAUCUCAUCCGACUUGUUACUAGACAUUUUUGUAAAUAAA